AUGUUCCUCACGCGUUCUGAAUAUGACCGUGGAGUCAACACCUUCUCUCCAGAAGGACGUCUGUUCCAAGUCGAAUAUGCCAUGGAAGCCAUAAAGCUUGGCUCAACAACCGUGGGCAUCCGAACCCCACACGGCGUCGUUCUGGCCGUAGAAAAACGCGUGCAUUCACCGCUGCUCGAGUCGAGCUCAAUCGAGAAGAUUAUGGAAAUCGACGAGCACCUUGGCUGUGCGAUGUCUGGUCUUACUGCCGACGCCAGGACCAUCAUUGACCACGCCCGCGUUACUGCCCAAAACCAUUCAUUCACAUACGACGAGAAGAUCAAGGUUGAGAGUGUCGCCCAGGCGGUAUGCGACCUUGCUCUUCGCUUCGGUGAGAGUGUCCACGACGAGGAGGCCAUGAUGAGUCGCCCUUUCGGUGUUGCACUCUUGAUUGCAGGCAUUGACGAGGUUGGGCCGCAAUUAUAUCACACCGACCCGUCUGGUACGAGCACACGGUAUGAUGCGAAAGCGAUUGGGUCUGGAUCGGAGGCGGCGCAGAGUGAGUUGCAGGACAAAUGGCACAAGUCGAUGACCCUCCAAGAGGCCCACAUACUAACACUCCGCGUUCUGAAGCAAGUGAUGGAGGAAAAGCUAGACCAACACAACGUUCAGGUCGCGCAGGUUACGAAGGAGAAGGGCUUCGAGAUCUUAGACGAGACGAGUCUGAAAGACGUAAUCGAGCUGAUGUGA